AUGACUGCUGCCGGAAAGGGGCAUGACAUGAUCUGUCAGAAGGCAGUGUCUCUCAUAGUUGACCUCUGUACGCAGGACAGCCCGCGGCUGGACCACAACACCUGUGAGGAGUUCCUCUUUCUCAUCUCCAAUCAAGAGUACAACCACAAGGAUUCUGACAUCACUGUUGGCCUUCCCAUCGGUGUGAUAAUCGCGUGUGGCUUGGCGCUGCUGUUGCUUGCUGCAUUCGUCUCCUGGAAGCUGUGCUGGGUCCCUUGGAGGAACAAAGCCCUCUCGUCGAGUUCUGCGGCCCUCGCUCCUGACGACUGCCCCUCAUUUCAUUUACCGUCUUUUCUGCCCAGUCCUCAGCCGUCUGAGGUCACUAUGGCGACUGAGAAGGAAAAGUAUCCUAUGGCGUCGAUGGGCUUCCUGGAGGCAGCUGUUAAAAUAAGUCACACCUCUCCCGACAUCCCUGCCGAGGUGCAGCUCUCCAUGAGGGAGCACUUCUUGCGCCGUACGCAACGCAUGCAAAGACAGACCACAGAGCCAGCGUCAUCCACCAGGCAUAGUUCCUUCAAACGUCACCUUCCCCGUCAAAUGCAGGUAGGGAGUCUGGACCUGGGAGAUGACUAUGAUGUGGAUGAGCAGCCAACCAGCAUUGGCCGUAUCAAGCCUGAACUCUACAAGCAAAUGACCACAGAAAACGACGAAUCCGGCAAUAGCAAAGGUGGCAAAAACUGUGGCAAGAUCAACUUUUCUCUCCGCUAUGACUAUGAGAACGAGAUGAUACUUGUCAAGAUACUCAAGGCAUUUGAUCUACCGGCCAAAGAUCUUUGCGGCAGCUCUGACCCAUACGUCAAGAUCUACCUGCUGCCAGAUCGGAAACAGAAGUUUCAGACACGAGUGCAUCGUAAAACUCUCAACCCCACGUUUGACGAGUCCUUCCAGUUUCCAGUACCCUACGACGAGCUUCCCGUGAGGAAGCUCCAUCUCAGUGUUUUCGACUUCGACAGGUUCUCACGGCACGACAUGAUUGGGGAGGUCAUACUGGACAAUCUGUUUGAAGUGUCUGAUCUCUCAAGGGAAACCUCCAUCUGGAAAGACAUUCAGUAUGCUACCUCAGAGAGCGUGGAUCUUGGGGAGAUCAUGUUCUCACUCUGCUAUCUACCUACGGCAGGCAGAUUAACACUAACUGUCAUCAAAUGCAGGAACCUCAAGGCAAUGGACAUUACAGGAUAUUCAGAUCCCUAUGUGAAAGUCUCCCUCAUUUGUGAUGGAAGACGACUGAAAAAGAAGAAGACCACAACAAAGAAAAACACUCUGAAUCCCACUUAUAAUGAGGCCAUUAUUUUUGACAUCCCUCCCGAGAGCAUGGACCAAGUCAGCUUGCACAUCUCGGUCAUGGACUAUGACCUAGUGGGACACAAUGAAAUAAUUGGUGUAUGCCGUUUGGGCUGUGGCGCUGAAGGUUUAGGUAGAGACCACUGGAAUGAAAUGCUCGCGUACCCCCGUAAGCCAAUUGCACACUGGCACCCCCUGCUGGAACCUAAGAAAUCAGAAAAAGAGUGGAAAGCUAGAACGGCCAGUUUUGACAGUCAGGGGUCCUGUCCCUCUCCCAAACCUCCUGCCAGCCCUUGAUUAGAGCCAUAUGUAAAACUACAGGCUUGGCAUCCUCCGUUUGUCACUCAAAUGAAAACGAGAGCCCUGUUAUUUCCAUUUUCUCCUAUGGGUUGUUUUAGAUGGUUCCCAAACACUGAUCUAAGAUCCUGCUGUCUUUGCCCUGAUGUUCCUCAUGUUCAAGUACGAUCCUCAGUCAAUUCUUGGGAGUGUUGUUCAAACCUCUAUACCUAGAAUACUCUACAAAGCCAACGUUGUGUUCCUAGAAUAGCUUGGUAUCGUCAAAGGAGAUGUUUCUUUCCAAAAUGAAUUUUCCUGAAGCAUUUGAAAUCCGACGCGUUCUGCAAGCGGACUACAUGCAAACAGAAUUUUCCAUACUGCAAGGCUCUUUGUAGAUGGCUCUGUUCAGAUCUUAAGACUUUGAAAGUAGGAUCAUCUACUGGAAGUCCUAAGAAUGAAGUCAGAGAGGAUGAUAUAUGAAAUAUUGAGGGACAGAACAAUGUCAGUGAAAUGGAUUUGUCAUGUGCUGAAUACUAAAAACAAAAUGUUUUCUCUGUCAAAUCCUUGUAUGAAACCUGUGUGAAGGUAUACGUUUUAUGAAAAAUAUUUAAAUAUUUAUCAAUUUAUAGAUGUUGUAUAAAUGUUAUGUGUAAAAAGAGUCUAAAUUUAUCAGAGCACAACAAUUUUUUCCUAUCCAUGAAUCUUUUGCCAAAACAAAGACAGUUUACAUGUAAAGAAGUUCCUGUUCACACACAAAAACACUUCACAUGUAGCUGAAUAGAUUUAUGUGAUUACAUUAAUAUUCAUCGGCAAGACCUGGAGUACAAAAGUGGGCAUUUAAGGUUAGAGUGCUGAAAUAUUCAUAGAGGUCUGAUUUGAUUUCUGUGGGUUUUAUUCACUUUGUUAUAACAGCAUUUAAAGAGGUACAGAAGCGGUUCUGUAUCUUCGUAGCACUGCUUUUAAUAGCAAUUCAGUUCCUGCUGUUUCAAUCUAAUGUUGACAUUUCAUUCAUUUUUUGACAUGUAAUUUCAUUGUGAGUUAAAUUGGACUGUCAAAGUUUUCGGUUUUUUGACAUAUUGUCUGGGAAAAUGUCUUGAGUAAACAAUUUAUCAAAUAUAUUCAUAUUAUGUACUGUAUAAAAGAGCAGGGUUAACAUUACAGCAUAAAAUGAUAAGAAAGUAACGAACAUUUGUCUUCAGAUUAAUAUUUUUAUUUGCUUUUUAUAAUUAUGUGUAGAAAAGAAGGGAUAUUUGAAACUAUGUGAAUUAAAUGUCUGUAUAUCCAAACAGUUUAAUAUAUAACUGUCAACUGCUCAGUUUUUGUGAAUUAAAAAAAAACAAAAAAAAAAAACUGUAAAGCCAUGUUGCCCAAA